AUGGGUGACUUUCCAACCGUUCGAGUAAACCGCUCUGCUAGAGCUUUCGUGCAUGUCGGCGUAGAUUACGCCGGUCCUGUUCUAGAUCGAACUGCGAAAGGCCGCGGUUACAAGGCGCAAAAGGCAUAUAUUGCCGUGUUCAUUUGCAUGACCGUGAAAACGAUUCAUUUGGAGCUGGUGAGCGACUACUCCACGGACGCAUUUCUCGCGGCAUUUCAGCGCUUCGCCUCCCGUCGCGGAUUCCCAACAUCGCUUUACUCCGACAACGGAACGACAUUCCGAGGCGCCGAUCGUGAGCUUAGAAAUGCGGCUAAACUUGCGAGCAAGGAUCCAAACUUUCUUAACGCACUCGCGUCCCAGGACGUAGAUUGGCAUUUUAUACCCCCUUCCGCUCCUCAUUUCGGGGGAUUGUGGGAGGCGGUGGUACGCAGCAUGAAACAUCAUUUAAAACGCUGCAUCGGCUCACACAUCCUUACUUUUGAGGAACUCUCGACAGUACUCUGUCGUAUCGAAGCUUGUCUCAAUUCCCGUCCGAUCGCGCCUGUAUCCGAUAGCUUAGAUGAUUACCACGUGCUAACUCCCGGGCAUUUUCUUAUUGACGGCCCUCCGGUCGCCGCUCCUGAGCCCAACACCCUCGAACUAAAUGAAAUGCGCUUAUCGCGUUGGCAAUUGCUGCAACGAAUAUCCGAGACCUUUUGGAAAGCGUGGUCGAACGAUUACCUAACCUACUCAAUCUGCAGCAGAGGCCAAAAUGGAAGGUCGCUCACCAGCUUACGAAAGUCGGACAGUUGGUGCUUUUAA